AUGAGCGUAAAAAUAGAUGAGGAUAAUUUUAGAUUUAAGGCGCCUAGUUUACGAUUUGUUAGUAGUUCUAUAAACGAAACCAAAAUGAUAAGUAAGAAGCCACUUUUUUGUCGAAUUGGUGAGGCACAUAAAGUGCAAGAAAUUUUCGCUCUUUGCGGCGGUCACAUAUCCGGAAUUUUGGUUGCUGCCGAGAAGCUUGGAAUUCAGGUUAUUGAUACGAGGCAUGAGGCAACAGCGGUUUUUGCUGCCGACGCUGUUGCAAGACUUCGGCAGGAUAUCGGUGUUGCUGCUGUUACAGCUGGACCGGGUGUAACAAACACUAUAACAGCAGUCAAAAACGCUCAAAUGGCCGAAAUUCCAGUGGUAUUACUUGGAGGAGCUGCUCCAAUUUUGCUAAAAAACCGUGGGGCUUUGCAGGAUAUCGACCAGCUGUCACUGUUCAAACCUGUUUGUAAAUAUUACACCAGUGUUACUCGAGUUCUUGAUAUAGUCAAGAAGUUGCGGAAAGCGAUUUGGAUAGCUAAAAGUGGUACACCUGGUCCGGUUUUUGUUGAAUUACCAGUUGACCUGCUUUAUCCUUACGAAAUCAUUGAGAAAGAAAUGGGCUUCAUAUCUCAUCCAAAGAAUAUAACACAGAAUAUAGUCAAUUUCUACCUAAGGUACCAUCUCUCACAGUUGUUUUCGCAAGCGUGGAUUGAGAGGGCAAUUACAGAGAUCCCUCCGAUCAUUAGCUAUGCAGAAAAGCCAAUAAUUUGUAAGGUUGCUGAUCUUGUCAUGGAUGCAAAACGACCGCUUCUUCUGAUCGGCAGUCAGGCUUUGCUUCCUCCCAUCAAAGCCGAUGAUCUUCAAGCCAUUGUUAAGUCUUUGGGAAUUCCGACCUAUCUUGGAGGUAUGGCACGGGGGUUGUUGGGAAGUAGUAGUCCACUUCAAAUGAGGCAAAAUCGGAAGGAAGCGCUCAAAGAAGCUGAUUUAGUGAUUUUGGCCGGGAUGGUGUGUGACUUUCGUCUUGCAUAUGGUCGCUCUUUGCCGUCGCAUGGAAAAAUAAUAGCAAUUAAUCGUAGCAAAGGGCAAGCACGGCUAAACGAAGGUAUUUUCUGGAAGGCAACUUCUUUUAUUGAUGCAGAUGUAGCCUCUUCAUUAAAAAUGCUGAAUGAAAUUUUGGUUGAACGAGCAUACAAGGGUUGUCCUGCAGAUUGGCUGAAGACGCUUAGUGAUCGGGAGGUUGCAAAGUGUAACGCAAAUGAACAGAAAGCCAAAGAACCAGUUCCAGAGGGGAAACUUAACCCACUGAGAGUACUUCAUGUUGUGGAUAAAGUUUUACCGGAAAAUACUAUUCUCGUUGUUGAUGGAGGCGAUUUUGUUGGUAGUGCUGCGUAUAUAGUGCGCGCGAGAACUCCUCUGGGAUGGCUUGAUCCAGGGGCAUUUGGUACUCUUGGCGUUGGUGGUGGUUUUGCUCUUGGCGCGAAAGUGGUGUUUCCUGACCGUCCGGUCUUCAUUAUUUUUGGAGAUGGAGCUUGCGGAUAUUCACUGAUAGAAUUUGAUACUUAUUCUCGACACAGAUUUUCUGUUGGAGCGAUAAUUGGUAAUGAUGCAUGCUGGUCUCAGAUUGCCCGGGAUCAAAUGUCGAUGUUUAAUAGCAACGUUGCCGUUUGUCUUUCUCAUUCCCAUUACGAACGCAUUGCUGAAGCUUUUGAUGCUAAAGGCGAAUACAUUGAUGGAACCGAGGAGGAAAGAUUGGGCUUCCGUUUCAAGGCGGCAGUGGAGGAGGUCUUGAAAGGAAAUUCAGUGAUUAUGAAUGUCAUUAUUGGAAAGUCAAAUUUUAGAGAUGGUAGCAUUAGCUUGUAG